AUGCACUCACAGGGUCUAUACGGCGAGCGCGAUUCCACUCAAGGUCGAGGUGCCGGCGACCCGCUGCGAUUCCUGGAGUUUUCGACGCAGGGCGAGGACGCGGAGUACGAGUACGCCACGCAGUUCCACGAUCUCAGCCAGCCGUCGCGCCCGGACGGCGUCGGGAGUGUCGGAUGGGUGGACUCGCACUUAGGACCGCCGAAUUCCGCGGAUCCCGCAGACGCGUUACGAGCGGAAGCAGCGUAUAGGAAGGACGACGCCGCGAGUCAGGCCGGCGCGUUCGCGGAAAAUGGUCUGUCUGCGAGGGACGACGCAGGGCGGGCGGGGAUGGGCGCGAGCGUGGCCGGCGCAGCGGGUGGGAACGGCGUGGCAGCGGCGGAUGCGCUGAGCGCGACGAUGAACGAUCUGAGCUUCGACGAGAUGGGCGAGGAGGACGCCAUGGAUUUCCCCGCCACGGACUUACCGGAGCACGCGUGCAAGUACUGCGGCAUCCAUAACCCCGCGUGCGUCGUGCGCUGCAACUUCCCCACGUGCCGCAAGUGGUUCUGUAAUUCCCGCGGCAACACGUCCGGCUCGCACAUCGUUAACCACCUCGUGCGCGCGAAGCACAAGGAGGUGUGCCUGCACCGGGACAGCCCGCUGGGCGAAACCAUUCUCGAGUGUUACAACUGCGGGUGUCGCAACGCGUUCCUGCUGGGCUUCAUCCCCGCCAAAGCGGAGUCGGUGGUGGUGCUGCUGUGCCGCGAGCCGUGCCUGUCCGUGAACGGGCUCAAGGACAUGAACUGGGACCUGCUGCAGUGGCAGCCGCUCAUCCACGACCGCUGCUUCCUCUCCUGGCUCGUCAAGGUGCCAUCAGAGCAGGAGCAGCUGCGCGCGCGGCACCUGAGCGCGCAGGCAGUGAACCGCCUGGAGGAGCUGUGGAAGACCAACCCCACCGCCUCUCUCGACGACCUCGACAAGCCUGGUGUGGACGACGAGCCGCAGCCCGUGGCGCUGAAAUACGAAGAUGCUUACCAGUACCAAAACGUGUUCGGCCCGUUGGUGAAGCUGGAGGCGGAUUAUGACAAGAUGAUGAAGGAGGCACAGACCAAGGACAACAUCACAGUGCGCUGGGACGUGGGGCUCAACAAGAAGAGAGUCGCCUACUUCGUCUUCCCCAAGGAGGAGAGUGAGUUGCGUCUGGUGCCGGGAGAUGAGCUGCGGUUGAAGUACCCAGGGGAUCCCAUCCACCCCGCAUGGCAGUCCGUCGGCCACGUGAUCAAGCUAACGCCGCAGGAAGAGGUGGCGGUGGAGCUGCGAGCAGGCCAGGGGGCGCCAGUGGAGGUGACGCACGGGUUCAGUGUGGACUUUGUGUGGAAGAGCACUUCCUUUGACCGCAUGCAGGCCGCCAUGAAGCUCUUCGCCGUCGAUGAAACCUCCGUCUCCGGGUUCAUCUACCAUCGGCUGCUGGGCCACGAUGUGGAGCCGCACACGGUGCGCAACGUCAUGCCCAAGCGCUUUGGCGCGCCAGGCCUGCCCGAGCUGAACCACUCGCAGAUCUCCGCGGUAAAGAGCGUGCUGCAGAAGCCACUGAGUCUCAUCCAGGGCCCGCCAGGCACGGGCAAGACGGUGACGUCAGCUGCCAUAGUGUACCACUUGGCACGGCAGGAGCAGGGGCAGGUGCUGGUGUGCGCGCCCAGCAACGUGGCCGUGGAUCAGCUGGCAGAGAAGAUCAGCAUCACAGGCAUCAAGGUGGUGCGGCUGUGUGCCAAGUCAAGGGAGAGUGUGAGCUCGCCUGUGGAGCAUCUCACCCUGCACCACCAGGUGCGCAAUCUGGAGGAGGCGGAGAAGGGCGAGCUGCACAAGCUCAUGAUGCUCAAGGAGGAACAGGGAGAGCUGUCGAGUGCGGAUGAGAAGAAGUUUAAGGCGUUGAAGCGAGUGGCAGAGAGGGAGAUUUGCCAGAGCGCCGAUGUCAUCUGCACCACCUGUGUCGGCGCCGGGGACCCCCGCCUCUCCAACUUCCGCUUUCGACAGGUGCUGAUAGAUGAGUCAACGCAGGCCACGGAGCCUGAGUGCCUCAUCCCCCUCGUCAUGGGCGCCAAGCAGGUGGUGUUGGUGGGCGAUCAUUGUCAGCUGGGCCCAGUGAUCAUGUGCAAGAAGGCAGCCAGGGCGGGCCUCGCUCAGUCGCUCUUUGAGCGCCUCGUGCUCCUCGCUGUCAAGCCCAUCCGCCUCCAGGUGCAGUACCGCAUGCACCCGUGUCUAUCGGAGUUCCCCAGCAACACCUUCUACGAGGGCACGCUGCAGAACGGAGUGGCGGACGCCGACCGCUGCCUGCCCGGCAUCGACUUCCCCUGGCCCGUGCCCAACCGCCCCAUGAUGUUCUACGUGCAGUUGGGGCAAGAGGAGAUGAGUGCGAGUGGCACGUCGUACCUGAACCGCUCCGAGGCCUCGCAUGUGGAGAAGGUCGUCACGCUCUUCCUGCGCAACGGAUGCAUGCCUCACCAGAUAGGGGUGAUCACGCCGUACGAGGGGCAGCGCGCGUACAUUGUGACGCACAUGGCGCGCAACGGCCCGCUGCGCCAGCAGCUGUACAAGGACAUUGAGGUGGCGAGUGUGGAUUCAUUUCAAGGCCGUGAGAAGGAUCUCAUUAUCCUGUCGUGCGUGCGCAGCAACGAGCAUCAGGGCAUUGGGUUCCUGAACGACCCGCGGAGGCUGAACGUGGCGUUGACGAGGGCCAAGUACGGGGUGGUGCUGCUGGGCAACGCCAAGGUGCUCUCCAAGCAGCCACUCUGGAACCUGCUCCUCACGCACUUCAAGGAGAGGGAGGCGCUGGUGGAGGGGCCGCUCACGAACCUCAAUCAGAGCAUGGUUCAGUUCCACAAGCCCUCCAAGCCGCACUUUGACCGGCGCAUGCCAUCAUCGGGCAUGGUGGCGCUGGGGGCACCAGAGCCAUUCGUCCCCACGCUCACACCCACCGUGCCCUCCAUGCCUUCGCACGCCCGCCCCUACCCGCCCUCGUGCGGCCCGCCCUUCCCCCCGUCCGCCCGCCCCAUGCCUCCUGUUGGCAUGCCCGGCCCUUCCUACCCUCCCUCCGCCCCCUUCCCCCCGAACCUCCCCAACGGCUUCCCCCGCGGCGGCCCCCCUUCUGCCUCCCCCCAUGGCCCCAUCCCCCCGCGCAUGCCCCUGCCGGCCUUCCCCCUGGGCGCAUAUGCGCAGCCCUACGCCAUCCCCACACGCCCCGCACUGGGGCAGGCAGCGCAGCAGGUGGCCGUGGGGCCGCAGGGCGGGGGGAGGGGCUUUGGCAUGGGCAGAGGCGCAGGCGGGAGGGGAGGAGGCGGAGGCGGAGGCAGGGGGCUGGGAGUGGUGGCGGAUGGGAGGGGCGAGACAGGGGGGCGAGGGAGAGGCAUGGAUGGAGGGAUUUCGCAACAGGAGAUGCUCACGCAGGCGCCCAGCAGCAGUCAGGGCGGGUCUGCAGGCGCGCCGCUCAGCCAGGCGCCACACAACGAUCUCUUCCCCCUCACCAUGUCACAGGACUUUUUAGGGGACGAUUUCAACUCACAGGGCUCGCUGGGCUUCGCUUCCUUCAACACGCAGGGAGGGUUCUCCCACCCAUCAUCGGACCUCAUGCCCCAGCAGCGCCACCAGCAGCACAUGGGUGUGGGGCAGCCUUCGUCUGGUGGGGGGAAGCAGGAGCAGGGGGGCAGCAUGCAGUCACAGUACUCUCAGGGCUCUAACCUGCCUGCUGACCUCAUGACCCAGGACUUCAACUAUGCGCACAUGCCCGAUCCGUCCCUCGGCUUUGGCCUCCCCUCACGCCCUCUCUCACAGUCACAGCAGCCUGGCCCCUUCGCACACCACCCUGCAGAUGGCCCCUCCACACAGCACUUCGCCUCUCAGGCGUUUGGCAGCAACCAGCUGUUCACGCAGCCGUACUCACACUUCACCCAGCAGCAGCCGUCGCAGCAGCAGCAGAGGCAGGGGUCGUAUAACGGGUAG